AUGAUUCACGGUUUCAGUCUAAGCAAAAUGAAUAGCGUAAAGAACCAAAUGGUCCCUACGAUGCUGGAGGUGCAGACGGCCCAUGUGACCCCACUGAAUGCUACAAGCAACAACGCGCAAGUGGGCGUAGGGGAAGAAGACUUUAAUAGCAUCUACUUGGACAUCCUAAAUAUCCAUGACUCUAUUGUGAAUCAUUUAGAGACGAUAGUUAUUCACGUAUACGACAUGGUGGAAAAGUCGCUACUUUCCUCAAGUGGGGAAGACUCCUGUAGGGAAUUACACACAGGAGGAGGCGAUCCACAAUUUUGUGACUCUAGCGCUAGUUUUAUUAAUGUAACCAAUGAUGAACAGAAUGACUCAACAGGAGGGGGUGCUGUUUCCUCCUCAAAUGGAGCCAUGCAUAGUGAAGGAAAACAACCUUAUACACAUGACGACAGAAACCCACAUGUAAAAAUGGAACCUCCUGAAGGGAAUAACAUCGAUCCUUCCGAGCAUACCAAUGCAGGGCAUGAAAGGAUGCCAAAUAAUGAGAUGGACGAAUUAGCGGACAAUUCGGAAAAGGACAUGAUGGACCCAACCCAGGAGGGAAAAACUAACCACCCAGUAAAUACAUAUAUGCAUGGGGAAUACCACGAAGGGGAAGAAAAUAUUCCAUCGAUUGACAAUGCAAAGGAGUUGGAGUGCGCCAAUGAGCUAGCUAAAAUGACAUCCAAUUACGAUGCGCCAGUAGAGUUAGUCAUUAACAAAAUUGAGCCCAUGACAACCAAACGUGAAGCGUUCCAUGGGGAGAAUCCCCACAAGGGUGACAACCCAAACGUAGAGGAAAUUAUAAAGGAGAAUAAACUAAACAUGAGGAAGCACAUUGUCCUGAUGGAACUCCUAAAGUACGUCAUGGUACACUCAAAUAAUUCACAAGCUGAUUUGCAUAGAGACAAAAUAGUGAACCCACAAAUGGGAGGUAAUAAUGACAUGGACAAGUUAAAAAGGAACCUUGAUUUUUUAAAAAUGAACUUAAACUCAGAUGAGAGCAUCUACUAUGAUGACAACUUUUGCAAUGUGAACUUCUCCAGCGUUAACAUUAAGUACCUUAAUAUUAUAAGCUACUACAUGGAUUUGCUUUCCCCCUUUAAUAAGUUUCACGAGGAUAAACGGGGAGGAGACAAUAAGUAUGAGGAAAUAUGUAUGGAUGCUGAUGUAGAUGGAUACCCGGACGGAUCAGCACAGCUAACAUCUGUAAGGAAGAAGCUGGACGACAUUGCCCUCAAUUAUGACGACCUCGUGGAGGACAUUCUAAAAAACAACAACGUUAACGGUUCUACUGAAAGCUACCUGUACUUUUUGAAGGACAGAAUUCUUCAGGGAGAAUUUCCACACGAAGGAGGAACUGGCAUACAUGGAGGAUAUGCGGAAAGGCCCAGCAGGAUCCUCCUGAGUGAUUUUAAGAGACAACCAAGGGGGAGUGCAACCCUUGGCAUGAGUCCACCAAAUGGGGAUGUGCACAGUGGAAGGUACGUCGGGGGUGCUUCCAUUGGGAGUGGUACCGUUUUGACUGGACACGCCCAAUACAGCCAUUUCGCGCAUUCCAUCGAAAGGGUUAGUGAGCGUCCGAAUGAGGACUUACUACGUAAUGUGAACACGUUUCCUGGUGGCAACGCUCACGAGGGGGAAGUCCCCAUUUGGGGUCCCCCCAGUGGGAGUAUGAUAAAUAUGGCGAGUGUAACCCAUAGACCUGGUAGAAACAACCCAAUAGGGAAAAAAGCUUUCCAUCACAACAGCUUCGUGCCGAAGAGCUAUACCUUCAUGGAUGGAGGAGGGGUCCUCCACAAGGGGAGAAAGCGAAACGGACCAGAUGAUGAGAGUCCAAACACUUACGACAACAUGUUGUGCGGAAGUGCGCAAAGUUACAAUAAUUUCUACAACAACAACGAUAGCGUAAAUUCUUUUAAUAAUAUCACUUCUACACAUAUGAAUUACGCGCAUGAAGUAGGGGGUCUUCCAUCGGGGGGGAUAAAACAUUGGGUGAAACAAAAUUCGAAGGAACACACGGAAAAUUUGAAGAAGCCAAUUUGUGAUGACGCCGGAAUGAAUUAUGACCCCUACUUUGCACCAACAAUGUACAGACAGGAAAGUAAUUUCAUCCCGCAAGACAAAUACAAUCCAAAUGGGAACGAUCAUUAUGGGCAAUAUUACAAGGGGGGAUAUUAUGCAGGCAAUUUUAAAAAUGGCAUAAAAGUGGCAGAUAAAAGAGAACAUUUCUUGGGAGGAUCGGAAAUUAUCACAUGCUCAGGUCAGAACUAUUCGAAUGAUACGAAUAGUGGGAAUGCGUGGGGGUACCACCACGUCGGAACGCUCCAUGCGAAUGACCUGCGCAGGUUGUCACCAGGAGGAAUCAUCCAAGAGGGGGGGCAGAAUCAGUAUAGUGGUUUUGCCCCUUCCCAUCAAAGGAAUAUAAAGAAUGGAGCAAAACUGAAAUUCGUCGACGGGGUGGAAGGAAGGGAACACCUCGGCGAAGCGAAAAGUGGUGAAAGGGAGGACAAUUUGCAUGCUCGGAGUGGAAAUGGGGAGUCCCAUCUUCACCAUGGUGGAGAUUCCAGAAGGGACGCGGAAAAGACGCACUACAAAGUGGGGAACAAUAAAUAUGACAGUAGUUACUACACAAACGACAAGCACUUCUUCAGUGGUACCCCUAUCUUUGACGACAGGGCAAAUUGGGAAGGUGUCCAAAGUGCAAACGAUGAUGGUGCAUAUGCACACGGCUUUAAUGCCAUGAGUGGCAAUCAUUACAGUGGAGGCGCAUUAAAAAGGAUGACAUUUGAUGGGCGAUCUUAUAUGCGAAACAAAGGAGGAGAGCAGAUGGAAAAUGCUUUCCUAAACAGGGACAAGGACUCCUCGAUGAGAAAAACGAGAACAAGUUCUUUCAUCGAGUUGCAGCACAAAAAUGGUGAAGAUAUUUUGGAUACAAAAUUUUAUCAUUAUUUAACCAGGAGCAAGAGUCUAAAUAGUUACAAUAGGCCAAGUUGCUUUUCCUUUUAUGGGCACCGCCUUCGGGAUGGCUUGCCCAGCUGGGACGCGCAAAACUAUAAUAGUCUUACCAACGGAGGCACAAAUUAUGCAAGCGGUAAAAAUAGGCAAAGCAAUGAUGAGGGCAACGGAAGACACAAUAACGACACGGAUGGAAGGGGUAGCAAUAAUAGAGGGGGAUACAGCCACAAUGGCGGCGGUGGUAACAACGGAGUCAGUCGAAGCAAUGACAGGGGCGGUAACGAUAACGAUGGUGAUGAAGACAAAAAUGGGGAGCAUCGUCAUAGAGGGAAAAAGGAUUAUUACGAUGAUAAGGAAGAUGAGGAAGACGAAAGUGAAAAUGACAGACGUGGGAAGGGCCAUUGUUCCGACCAUACCAAUCAACACAAUCAACACACUUUGCAAGAUGGUGGAGAAAAACGAACAAACAGUCAGUUUAAUAUGAACCCGAAUGAUGUGUCCGAAUUUGCGCAACAUAAUCCAGCCAAACAGAAUAAUUCUGAAAAUGUUGCUGAUGAUCCUAAUGCACAUUUGCGCAGGAACGAAGGGUCGGAAUCCUUUCUGGAGGAUCACCAACUGAUGGAGUCAAGCAUAAACGAAGCGAAGAACGAAUUGCAUGGGAACAGUUCGGGUGCUCCUAACCGGGUCGGUGCGUCGCAUAACAUGGGCGUAUCUGGCGGUGCGAUAAAUGUGGACAGUUCGAGGAUCCAUCCGAAUAGAUCAAACAGGGCUAAUCGGACGAGUCAAUCGAGCCUCCCUGACAGUGCCACCUUGGGCAACCCGUGCAACUUCAUCCCCUUUGGAAGCCAAGUCGGUUUCGCCGACCCAGCCAACUACAGCCACUAUGGGGGGUUCGAGAAUUUUGGGAAUUACAGUGGUUACAACAACUUUGGUGAUCGCAGUUAUGGGAGUUUCUCCAACUGUGGGAACUUCUGCAGUUCGUACAGUAACGGCAGGGACGACAGAGGAAUAGGGAGAAGUUCCCUAACGCAUAGCGGGGUGGAGACGCCAGACGAAUUGAGGAUUAGAACCGGUGCAGGUUGUCCUAUGGGCACAAAAAACCAGGUGCAGUUCCAUAACCAGGGAAACAGCCCAAUGAGCAAUCAGAUGAACAACGAAAUGUACGUCCCACAGGCAGGCGCACGCAACACCUCAGGGGAGAGGAACAGAUCGAGUUGUAAACCCAGCAUGGUGAAAAUGGGUGAGAAAAACGAAAACAUGGAACAUGACUUGAUUAACUUCACGAACAAUGCAUACGUAGACAUACACAAAAUAAUACGAAAUGAUGAUUUGCUGAAAAAUGAAUUGUCCGGAUUGGAAGAGUCUCUCCAGCUAGCCAACGCAGAGACAAAAGGUAGUAAAAAAAAUACAGCCAAAUAUAACUCCAACGAAUUAGAAAUUCUAAUGAUGUAUGAUAGCUGUAAAAGUAUGCUUAAGUCAUGUAAUAUGUUACGCAGUGAAGAAUUAAAAAAUACAGACGGGGAUGAGUACCUUAUAAAUGAGACCUGCAUCCCGCCCAACGUUUUAACAAACAGUGAUAUGAUGAGUGAUAGCUUAAAUGCAGACAUAGAAAAAAUCAUUGAUAUAAUGAGUACAAACAUGCAGGCAAAGAGUAAAGACAAGAAACGGAAGCUGAGCUCCAUCAGCUGCCCACCAAAUGACCGCACCUGUCCCAACGGGGAGAAGAACCCAGAAUAUAUGGGGGACAAGUCCAACUCGAAAAAAAUGCCCAGAAGCUCAGAAGACAAAAGGAAGAAGUAUCAAAAGAUGGACAUAAGGACACUAAACAAAAAUGUUCAGAAAAAUAAAGAGGUCUGCAAAAAUUGCUACAUACACUAUGAUAAUAGUAAGUCCAGUUAUAUACUAACCUUCAUAAAUAGGAAGCAGAAGAAGCAAAGGAAGCUCUUCCCCGUCAAUCCAAACGAAAAGGACGAAGCCUACGUCAUACAAAUUAUGAAUUAUAUUGAGAAGCUAAAAGACCAGGAAAAAAUUUUUGGAAUUAGUAAGAACGACGAGAUGGGGGGAGAGUCAGCUAAUAUGCACAGAAGCGAGGGAGGAAAACCCGGUGCAGAACGACGCAACUACGAUAAAGACCAACGGGUGCAGGAAAAAACCAUGGCCAACGAACCAUACACAGGAGCAAACCUGCAAAAGAAAAACGAAAUGUGCUCAACCAACCUAAAUUUGUUAAACAAAAAAAUGAACAACUUUCUGAGUGGCAUAAACGACCAACUGUACAUGGAUCCUCAGAUGAAUUUCAUCCCAGAGCAUUUGCCAUUUAUCCAAAACGUGGGAGGAAAUCCCAAUGUGAAUCACAUGAAUAUAUAUGACGAUGUGAAUGCCCCCUCCGGGGUUGAUUACAUCAACUUUAAUUUACCAAACGAUGGACAUUCGUUUGAAAAUCUGCACCUCAUGAACCCAUGCACAAACAGCGUCCAAAAUUUAAACCCUUUUUUUAAGCUCCAAUCCAAGAAGGGGGAUUUCUCCACACGGAUGAAUGACCAAUAUGGGGGGGAUAUCGUUGGAGGAGAGGUCAACGUAGGGGGGGAGAGUGUCCAUGGCGGGAUGUCCACCGAUAUGAACAACAACAAUACCGCUAGUUGCCGCAACGUCACUUCGGGCAUGAACAGUCUUGAGGGUCGUCGAGGGAAUAGACGUACUUGUCACGUCAGCGGGGGCAGCCACAACCGCGGGAGCCACCCGGGCAACAGCCCCUUCCCACCGAAUGUGUACGAAAACGCCAUGAUGCAUCAGGCCAUGAAGAAUGCCAUGUACCAAGGGGAAAAUAACCAGGGGAUGAAUAAUCAGAAGGCUCGAAGUAGUGGCAGCCCUACCAACGCGAAUGAUCAAUUCACCCCCAUGAAUAUGUUUACGAAUGCAAAUUUUUCCAACUACAACCAGAGUAGCAUGCCCAAUAGUUGCGAAAACGACAUGAUGCAAAACUACAAUUCAGUGAUGAAUGACUAUGGGGACAGCAUGCUCGUCGAAUCUAAUUACGAUAGUGACCGUGUCACUGCCGGGGGGCGUACCAUGCAGCACAACGAGUGA